AUGUCCACUGUAAAACAAAAGCAGCAUGUUCAAAGUGAAAAUAAAGAGGUAAAAAGGAAAGCAAGUAUUUUAGAUUUAUCAAAAUAUUUAGAAAAAAGUAUUAGAGUUAAAUUUGCUGGCGGCAGAGAAGCAAUUGGAAUUCUCAAAGGCUAUGACCCAUUGUUGAAUCUUGUAUUGGAUGACACAAUUGAAAAUAUUCAAGAUUCUAAUGAUCCAUACAAAUUUGUUGAAGAUACAAGAAUGUUGGGUCUUGUAGUAUGUCGAGGAACUUCAAUAAUACUUAUUAGUCCAACCGAUGGGUUGGAAUCCAUUUCAAAUCCAUUUAUAUAAUUAGAA